AUGUUAAAAAGAUGCUUAACAGUCACAUCAAGGAGUUUACAAAUUAAAGGGUGGAAAGUAAGUGCUUUAAAGUUAUGCUUUUGCGAUUUAGGAAGGAUAAUAUAUUUUUGCCAGUGUUUUUGCCAGGAAAAGGCUUAAAAUUCUGGUCUUUACGUUGGUACCAUGUUCUUUAUACUUUUAUUUUGUUGUAAAAUAAAAUUGGCAUUAUUAUAAACGUUUACUGACAAGUUUUAAGCAGAUUAACUUGACUAAACUUGACCAAAACCUCAACAACAACAUAAUUUCCUCUAUUUCAGUCCAAAUCAUGCUACAUUUUGCCAAUGUUUCCCUACCCAUCGGGCAAUUUACACAUGGGGCACAUGCGAGUCUACACAAUAUCAGAUGUAAUGGCCAAGUAUUUCAGAUUGAAUGGAUAUAAUGUUAUUCAUCCGAUGGGUUGGGACUCAUUCGGCCUUCCGGCGGAAAAUGCGGCUAUAGAACGUGGCUUGGAUCCGGCUGAAUGGACUAGAAACAAUAUUCAGAUUAUGAAAGAACAGUUAUCUAAAAUUGGAGUGGAAUUUGAUUGGGAUCGAGUGAGUUUUUAAUUUAUUUUGUUGGAUUUUAGGUGCUGAUGGCAUGGAUAAUAUCUGACCUCCGGAUUUUUGAUGAAAGUUGACAAAAUCCGAUUAUGGAGUGUAAAGAUAAUGUUAUUGAGCUGUUGUUUGUAAAUUUUUAUGAGUUUUGGGAUUUCAGUUAUUGAGGCACAGCUAAAUUACUUUAGUCACCUCAGCUUUAAAUAUCCUAAAUUUAAAGUAAUGAUAUCUUUGCCCAACAUUUCUUAUAUUGUUUAACACUUUGUGCACAGAAAUUUAUUGAUAGGAGGUUUAAGUUUAGUAAUUAACAUAAAUACACAUAAACUAGCUUUUCCAAUAUCACCGAUAUUAACCAUGACUUCAGGAGCUAUCCACAUGCGAACCAGAAUACUACAAAUGGACGCAAAGUAUAUUCCUUAAACUUUACGAGCACGGCUUGAUCAAUCGACGUUAUUCUCCAGUAUAUUGGGAUCCGGUUGAUAAAACGGUUUUGGCCGACGAACAAAUCGAUUCUUCUGGUCGAGCUUGGAGAUCAGGAGCUUUGGCCGAGAGAAAGAACUUGGAGCAAUGGGCAGUGGAGACUCCGCGAUAUGCUAAACGAUUGUUGGAUGGAUUGGAGAAGUUGACGAAUGAUUCUAGAAGUUGGGAGGAAGUGGCAGCUUUUCAGGCUAAUUGGAUUGGGAAGUGUGAUGUUUACAGGUUUUUACUGCCGGUUAACGUGAGUUUUUGGUUGAUAUUGGUGGGGAAAUGAAUGAAGAAAGGGCUGAAAGAGUUUGGUAUUUAAAUAGAGAGGUUGGAAGAUCUAUAUCUAAAUUUAGAUUUCGAUUUUCCGGCUUAAAGGUGGAAGAAAACUUGAUUUUAAUCUUGUGAACUAUACCUACUAGGGUUCAAACAAGCUUUGUCGCUGUUUAAUGUUCAUAACAAUAAAUAUAGACGAAAGAUCAUUGUAAAACAUUAAUAUUUAUAUUUUAAAGUAAAUUUUUUAGGUAUAACUUUAUUACUUUUUGAUUUAAGGGUGGAGACAAAGGAGAAAGAUUCGAUUUAAGGCUUCAAGACCCAACUGAACUUUGCCGAGCCGAGUUUCUAAUGGUUUUACCGAACCAUCCAUUGGCUGAACAUGGCAAAACUGGGCGAUGUAAGGUGCUUUGAACAGUUAUUUUUAGAUUUUAAGGGUAGAGCUGUUAUCAGUGGCUACUACAACAUAUUGUAAUAUAACUACUAUAACAUAGACUAUAUUAGGAAACGUUGACGAUAAGACGUCCUCUUUACUUAAAUUAACUCUGAUAUGCUACUAACAACAGCAAUAUAACCUUCCAUACUCUCUUUAUUACCUACUUUACUUUCAGACAUCAGUAAAAAGACGGUGCGUAACAUAGUAACUGGCAACGACCUACCAGUCAUCGUACUAGAAGAAGGUGCCAACUUAAAUGACAGUAACCGCUUCUUCAUGGACGCCCGUAUUGGUUUUGCAGCCAAAUCAGAGCUCGACAAAGGUAUGGCCAAGAAGUUCACUUUUGAGAAUGGCCAAACUCAAAUCGUCACUUCGGCUGAUGGCAUAUUAAGGUUGGCUGAGGUAGGUUUAGUGGUUUUGGCACAGAUUUGGGAGGGGGUGGACAGGGAUGGUUUUGAAAAAUGAUCUUUUUUGUAAAGGAGAGGGUUUUUAAGAAAAAAAAAUUUUUGGGCGGGUAAGUUUUGUGGAGGGGGGGGGGGUUUUUUUAAAAAAACCGCAAAAAUUUUUUUCUGGCAUAUAAACAAAAUGCUUUAUAUGCCAGAAAAAAAUUUUUUUGGGCGGGGUGUUUUUUUAUUUUUUUUUGGUAGGGGGUAGUUUUUUGGAAACCAUUUUUUCUUUCAAGGCAUGGCGGUUUUUUUUUAAAAAACUUUUUGUUGGCCAAGAUUCUAACUUAAAAAUAUCAUAUUCAGAAAGAAGGCGCCGGAGGCUACCUGACCAGUCGAAAACAAUCCGACUGGGUAGUGUCACGUCAACGAGGAUGGGGCACACCAAUCCCCAUGAUCAAGUCUCCUCAAGGAGAGUAUCGACCGGUCCCAGAGUCGAUGUUACCCAUUCUAGGCCCCCAACGUGGCCAAGUACUCCCAGAGAACGGACAAUUGGAAACCGAUACUUUGGACACGUUCUUUGACUCUUCUUGGUACUAUCUACGAUAUCUGGACCCACACAACGAGAAUUGUCUAGCAGAUUUGGAAAAACAGAAAGAGUUCAUGCCAGUCCACUUGUAUGUUGGAGGUAUCGAACAUGCUGAUUGUCAUGUCUUCUUCGCCAGAUUCAUCUCCCACUUUCUUCAUGAUAUUGGGUUGGCAGCAACACCAGAGCCUUUUGCUCAAAUGCUACCUCAGGGCAUGGUGAAAGGUCUCACGUUUGUUGGCAGUGAAGGACAGUAUCUGAAAGGAGAUGAGGUUGAAGGUAGGGGAGGAGUUUUGGAAAAUUUUAGAAAAAGCCUUAUCUUUUAAAGUUUUAUCAAUGAUUUCUAAACAUUAUCCAUGUCCACGGCACUUCUCUCACUUUCAGAAGUCCAAGGAGAAUACAUUCGAAAAGAUACGAAGCAAUCAGUCAAAGCAACAUACGAAAAAAUGUCGAAAUCGAAGGGAAAUGGCCUCGAUCCAAUGCAAAUCAUCGAUGAAUUCGGAGUCGAUAUGACCAGAGUUCAACUCCUAAGAGCUGCGGCACCAAGAUCUGAUGUGAAUUGGUCCACGAACUACCUCAAGGGACUAACAAAGUGGGUGGAGAGGAUACGAUGGCUUGUGGACACCUACACCAGCUACAGGAGGUCACAACCAACAGCUGAACCCAAGAAUAACGAAGAAACUGAUAUGUAUUGUAAAGAAGUCUACAAUUAUCACAUAUUGAAUGUAAGUUUAGAGAUAAAGGUUGGGAAUAGAAGGAUAUAGGGCUCGGGAGGAUGAUGUUGUUUUAUAUGCCUACAUAAAGAACCCGCCAUUUUUUACAGGAAAUUACAGGCAAAGUAUGGCGGGUUCUUUAUGUCGGCACCUAAUAGCAUGGAAAUGGUUAAUAUAGGUCUUAUUUUGAAGUUAGAAACCUUUUAUAAGGUUGUUUAAAUAAUUCUGGGCUCCCUAAUUUCAAAAAUUUGCAUUGAAAAGGGGCACAGAAAUAUUUGAACUACCUAAUGGUUUGGAAGUUAAGGAAAAAGUUUCGGGCGGGGUAAAUUUAGGGGGGGGUUUGAAAAAAAAAUUUUGUGGAAUAAGGUGCUUUUUUAUUUAAAAAAAAUUUGAGUGGGUCCCUUUUUUGGUUGGAUGUGUAUUUUUACAUUGAAUUCAGAAACCUUUUAGUAAUAUUUGAAUUUUCAUUUUAUUGCCGUUUUUGGCAUUGUGUUGCAAGUAAAAAAGUUUCCAUAUAACUAAAAUUGGCAAAUGUAUGUUAGAAAAAGGAUUUUUUUACUUUAAAAUGUAUAAAAUAUCACUUUGUAAAAAUCAUGUUUUCGUGGUGGGACACACAUUUAGUAAAAACAUAUUAUCUCUUAUAGUAUUUUAGUUAAACUACAUUAAUUUAGCUUUUUUUUAUAAAUAUAAAUCCAAAGGGCUUCAAAAUAAGUGUAAUAGCUUGCAACACAAUGCCAAAGACCUCGCAAGAUUUGCUUUAUUGACGCUUUCAACUGUAUAUGAGAUAAGUAUUGUGAUUUACAAGUUAAUGUUGAUAAGAUACAUAUCUUACAGGUAUCUUUAUGUUUGGAGCUACUACACUUGCACAAUACUAGUAUCAUGAAUCUACAAGGGCUAACAAGCUCUCUCAGGGUAGGUAUAUAUAUAUUUUUGAGUUUAUGGCACAGAGAAAGAGCUAAAUCUUAUCUAAAAUUGAAAAAAUUGAUUUUGUUUGAUAUAGGUUUGUACUACAAUAUCGCUCGCCCUUUUACAACACGAACCUUUCAGAAAAUGGACCCAGAAGAAAUCGGAACGAGCAAAGAAGCCGAACGAUGUAUUCACGCUCUAGUCAUCAUGCUUCAGACAGUAGCACCAAAUAUCUCCAAAGAGUUGUGGGCUCAACUGGUUACAGUCAACGCGUACGAUGAGAGCAUCAGAGAAAAAGACAAAGAGUUGGAGCAACAGAAAUGGCCACAAAUCGACCCAGAAGCUGAUAUUGAGUUCAUUAUCAGGGUAAGAAGAUUGAUUUUGUGGGUUAUUGGUGGAAAAUUGUGAUUUUUGAAAAAACGAGGUUUUCGUGGUGGGACCAAAAAAUUCGAUUUGUAAAUAUGAUGAGAUUUUAUGAUGGCAGUGGGAUUUUUAGUGAUGUUUUAGUUGUCUUCCGUUGCAAGUUUGACGAUUCUAUAUAAAUUCAUGUUUUCGUGGUGGGACCAACAAUUGCAUUUUUUAAAAUUUAGGUGUUUAACUUAUGAUACUGAUUAAUUUUUCAAUGUCUACAGGGAUUUUAAUGCUAUUUUAUUUCGUUUUUGAUUGACAGUUUGAUGAUUAUAUAUAGUUUCAAGUUUUCGUUGUGGGAUCUACAAUUUUAUUUUUUUGAAAAGGACAGUUUUAAAUAUGAGGUUUUAUUAUUUUUUAUAAAAAUUGGGACCUUAAUUAAUUUUUUUGCAUUUUUAUAAUAUUUGACUUUUAAUGAAUUUCAUGUUUUCGUGGUAGGACCCAAACUUUAAGAAAAAUAUGUGUAUUUUGCAAAGGUUUGUACUAGAUAGUAAAAUGAUUUGAAAUUAAAAUACGCCAAAUUUGCUUUCAUCUCUCAAUUUUUACGUAUUUUAGAUGCUCGGUAUAACAUGUGUCAAGGCCUCAGUCCCACGCCAAUUAAUACAGCACACCUCGAAGGAGGAGCUCCUCGAACUGGCCAAACAAAACUAUCACAAAGGCUUUUUCGACCUCUUAAGCGAACAAAACCUGACCAUCAACGACAGCCGAGUACGACGACGUACCGGCCUGUACGUGUGUUUGGAUCUGGACGUGCCGAGCACGAUAAAGAAGGACGACGUAUCAGCCAUCACGAAGAUAUGGAACGACCGGAAGUUCCAGAUUCUGAAGGCCGAGAAGAAGAAACAGAAAGCACAGUAG